AUGCAGUUCAAGAAGAGCUUUGUUUGCUUCAUCCUGGCCGCCGUCCUGGCCGCAACCGAGGCUCGUCCUAUCAUCCCGGGUGGUGAUAUCUCAGUUGCCGAACCUCUCCGUGGCAGGAACCUUUUGGCGUUCGACGCCGUCAAGGCAUGUUUCCUUCUCGCCUUGAGUGCGUCCAGAGUGAUAACAGAGUUCUGUUACAGCGCAAGCACGGCGAUUCCGGUCGUUCUCGUUCCACUAGAGCGUUCGAGGCGCGUCGCCAUGGCGAUUCUGGCAAUUCCCGCUCUCGAGGCCGGCGCGAUGUCGAGUUUGAGGCGCGCCGCCACGGCGAUUCUGGCAACUCCCGCUCCAGGGGCCGCCGCGACCUCCAGUUCGAGGCGCGUCGUCACGGGGAUUCCGGUCGCUCCAGCUCCCGCGACCGGCGUGACGAGCUCGCCGCCCGCCGCCACGGCGACUCUGGCCGUUCCAGCUCUCGAGGACGGCGGGACUUGGCUGCCCGCCGCCACGGCGAUUCUGGCACUUCCCGAUCAAGGGGCCGCCGGGACGUCGAGUUCGAGGCGCGCAGCCACGGCGAUUCCGGUCGCUCCAGCUCUCGUGGACGGCGUGAGCUCGCCGCCCGCCGCCACGGCGACUCCGGCCGCUCCAGCUCUCGAGGCCGCCGCGAUUUGA